CACGUUUUGCGUUUUGUCUAUUGAGCAUUAGUACACGUCCAAGUUAUCAAAGUGUCCCAUGUGGACUGAAAGAUUCUUGGUUCGUCUUGGAGUUUGCUGUAUGAAUGUUAGCUACGGGCGUUGGUUUCGUUUAGACGGAAAGUGACGCUUCUUCGUACCAUUCUGGAAUAAACGGAGUAAGGGGAUAUAGGGCCUAAGAAAACAAGAAUAAUCAACUUAUAAUCCAAGAUGAAAGGGGACUUUAAAGUUUCGACGCUGAUCUCCUUCAUCGUGAUAGGUAGUAUACUCUUCACGGUGGGAUUUCUGGUGGGAUUUUUUGGAACUUCGAACGAUUCCUGUCCAUCGUACUCAUCGAUCGAAGAUGAUGAGAUAAGUCGGAUGAUGAUUGAUGAAUGCAAAGCUGAAAAUAUCGAACAAUAUCUCAGGGAAUUAAGCAGCCGACCUCACAUGGCGGGAACGCCAGCUGAAAAGGAGAACGCUGAGAUGCUUGUCAAUCUCUGGACUGAGUACGGAUUCGAUUCGGCUCGGUUAAUACCAUACGAUGUGCUCUUAGCUUACCCUGAUCCGGAUAAUCCGAAUAAGGUAAUGAUAACAGACAAUGGAGAGGUUAAUUUUACGACAGCUUUACAUGAAGAGAUUCUUCGACCAGAAGAUGACCACCCGGACGUUGUUCCACCAUUCAAUGCCUAUUCUGCGCAAGGAGAGCCUGAGGGUCCUUUGGUUUAUGUGAACUAUGGACGAGCAGAAGACUUUGAAUGGCUGGCAAAGAACAAACCUGAAAUCAACAUUACUGGAUGCAUAGCUAUUGCAAGAUACGGAAAAGUGUUUCGAGGAAAUAAAGUUCUUUCGGCCCAAGCCGCGGGUGCUAUCGGGAUAAUUCUCUAUUCGGAUCCUGCCGACUACGCCAUCGAUGAUAAUGUAGCAGUCUAUCCGGACGGAUGGUGGUUACCCGAUACCGGGGCUCAAAGGGGAAAUACUUUCGUCAGCGACGCUAAAGGGGAUCCGAUAACACCCGGUUACCCGGCUAAACCUUACGCGUACCGGUUAGAUGAUUCGGAUACCGCGCUCCCCAAGAUUCCGGUUCAUCCGAUUGGUUAUGGAGAUGCACGACAUCUAUUAAGUGAGUUAUCGGGUGAUGAAGUCAAUUCAGACUGGGCAGGAGACCUGGAUGUAACCUAUCGAUACGGACCGGGAUUUAUUAAUCCAGAAAGGAAGGUCAAAAUGAGCAUCCACACAUCACGUGAGAUCAGAACAACUUAUGACGUCAUCGGAAUCAUUAAUGGAGCGCUGGAGCCAGAUCGUUAUGUUAUGAUGGGCAACCAUCGUGAUGCCUGGGUGUAUGGUGCUGUAGACCCUUCUAGUGGUACAGCAGUUCUUAUGGAGAGUGCUAGGGUCUACUCAGAAAUGCUAAAAACAGGUUGGAGACCUCGCCGUACGAUCAUGUUCUGUUCCUGGGGAGCCGAGGAGUACGGCCUUCUUGGGUCAACUGAAUUCGUUGAGGAAUACCAGAAAGUGUUAGGAGAAAGGGCUGUCGCAUACAUCAACACAGAUGUCGCUGUAGGAGGAAACUGGACCUUCAGAGUUAAAUCAACACCUUUAUUACAGGAGGCUCUGUACGACGCUGCUAAGAAGGUACCUGACGGUGAAACGAGAGAGAGAACGACUUACGAUGUUUGGCUUGAACGACUGCCCGACAGCAGCGGCAACGGGCUACCGUAUGUCAGCGUUCUUGGAUCUGGAAGUGAUUUUGCUCCGUUCAUGUACCGAAUCGGUGUACCGUGCUGUGACCUAUCAUACACCUAUGACUCGAGUCUUGGGAUAUCAUCAUACCCUGUGUACCAUUCUGUUUAUGAGACAUUCUACAUAGUCAAGACGUUCAUUGAUUACAACUUCUGGCGCCAUCAGUCUGUUGCUCGGGUUCAGCUUGAGUUCUCGCGAAAUCUCGCAGACUCCGUGAUUCUACCGUUUGGCGUCCUCGACUAUGCAACGAAACUGAAAUCGUCUGUUGAUAAUCUGGAGGAUGAGUACGGUACCAAGAUGAAUGCGCAGGGUAUCACCUUUGAAUACAUUGAUUCAGCUCUGACCAAUUUUACCGCGGCUGCUACAUCAUUCGAAGAGCAAAUAACUCAAAUAGAUGUUGAGGAUCCCAUUGCAGUAAGACGUGUUAAUGAUCAGAUGAUGCAACUUGAACGAGCUUUUAUUGAUCCAGCAGGGCUUCCAGAUAGGAAAUGGUUGAGGCACGUGGUUUUUGCUCCGAGCAGUGUAAAUUACUAUGCAGGCGACGCUUUUCCCGCCCUUGUCGAUGCCAUGUACCAGAUUGAUGACGACAUUGAUCAGGUGACUCGAUGGAAUGCAGUCAGAGAACAGAUGGCCAUCAUAGCUUUCACCAUCCAAUCAGCGGCUAGCACACUAACUGACGUCACACAAUUUUGAAAUGCCUUUCCUCACUUUUGAACAAGAAUUCCGUAUCCCAUUUUUGUUAAUGGUUCUUUAUCAAGGUACACAAAAUAGUGUACUGUACCGAACACUUUUGUCUUACAUUAAUAUUGAAUAUUAUCAUCUAUAUAGAACGUUUUAACGAUGUAUUAAAAACGCGCAUUUUGCUCUGCAUCAAUUGCCCGUGGAGUAUUAGAGCCUAUCCCUAAAAAGGACCGAAAGUCCGAAAUCCGAAGAAUGCUCCAUAGGCUCAUGCACAAAAUUCGCAAUUGAAUAUAAGACCGUAUUCAACAGUCUGGUGCGUAUGCGCGAAACCUUGCGUGAAACACACAACGCAUACAACCGUACAAUUAAAGCAAUGCGAUGCGCAGCAUAGAGAACGAUGGCACUCAAUGACGUCAUAAUGAACUACACGUAAGUCACAUGUCAAUGCCAAAUUUUCAGAUGAUGAAUCGUUUUUUAAGAAUGAAAUUUCAUGACGAUAUUAAAAUUGUUGAAAUUGUUUAUUAAUGUUUGAUUUGUUAUUAUUGCCGAAUAAAUAAAGUGAAAGAU